CUAAUCUAAACUUACAGACAAACACAAAAAUUACCAGUAAUUACCACGAAAUUUUUUUCUCAUUUCCACUACGUCUAAUUUAUCAUAUAAAUUUAACUCUGAGAAUUCUACCCUAUUUAGUUAACGGUUUGUGGUACUAUAGAAAUGAAGGUUCAGGUGAUUUUUAUUUUAGCCUUAUCUCUCAAUAUGGUGGUGAAUAAAGUGAUUUUGGUUGGAGGCGACUGUAAACUCGACUGUUUAAAACGUUAUCUUAUGUGUGAUGAUCGAUGCCAACGAAUGCCUUUCCGUGAAGAGACAUGCUACUUAGAAUGCAAGAACACAUUAUCAGAAUGUCUGGAUAAACCAUGUGCGAAAUUUGCUGAGGACUAUUAUGGAAGAUACAGUUAAUUAGCUGUCAUUAUUUCUUCUAGAAAGAAUAUAUAUUCGUUCACUUUUGUAUAUUUACGCUAACUCAGUGGUAAAAAGAUCCGCUUCACUAUAUACAGCUAAAUAUUUUACUUUAUCAAAUACAUAGUCGAAGAAUAAUUGAAAUAUUUGAUGUAUUUUUUUACUUUGCUUAUUGAAAA